GGGAAGGGAGAAAAAAAAAGAAAAGAAAAAAAAAGAAAAGCGUCUCCAGACACCGUUGGUCAACAUGAAGCCUUCAAUGCUCCUGUUGGUCCUGUUCCUCUGCGUGCUCCUGCUGCCUGCCCCGGGAUGGAAAAAGAAGAAGUACUCUCAGAGAGAGCUGUCACUUCAGGAGUGUUGGGGACAGCCAAAAGUUAACGAUUGUAGAAAGAAGUGUUCUAGACGUUUCAGAUGUUUACAAAAAAAUCACACAUGCUGCUGGACCUACUGUGGUAACAUCUGUGCACCAACUGGGACUUUUCUGUCGACACACUGGGCUCCUCCAGAUUUCUCAGUGCCCAGUGGACAGGUCAUGGUGUCAGCCACGGGUGUGUCAGCCAGUGGGAACAAGGCUUAA